UUCAAGGAAACGUCGAGAGAGUUAAAAAAUUGGGUGUGGUCGUUGGGAAAAGUGGGCGUGGUUUGGGCGUGGUUCGAACAUAACUCUCCGAAAUCAUAACUCUCCGAGAUAACUCUCCAUUUCAUAACUCUCCGUUUAGCCGGUCCCCUUUAUAUCUGUAUAGUAUUCUUUAUAUAAUCGUUCUUCCUAAUGAUUAUGAUUGUAUAAUUGUUCAUCCUAAUUAGUAUUCUUUUGUAGUCGUAUUUUAAGCUAUUCAAAACACUCGAACUCGCGUUUUAUCAUAUCUAAGGCCAAUGAAAAUUGAUAUCAUGUUUCUCGUCCCCACCCGCAUGGGAUUUAUUUGCCGCACGAAAAUUUUUCAUUAUUCAUUAUUUUUGAAAAAUAGGCUUAACAAAACACCAAAUUGAUCUCCAGAUCAAAGUUUUAUUGCUGCAUUCCGCAAGCGCAAUUCAAAUUGUAUAUUUCUAAAGAAGUUCUUGAUGAGUUUACUUGCUCGCGUGUACGACAAACAAGAUCAAUGAGCCCGCCCUAUUUAAGUAAAUAAACCAUUUCAUAACAAUUUCUGUUCAAAGCUGCUUAUAAUAACAUUAAAAACGACUACAAUUGUCCACAAUUCAAAAGCGAAUUUUAAAAUGAUCGAGAUUUAAUUGCAAUGGCCGUUCGAAGUGACGUACUGUGCGAUUGCUAAUUAAUAAGCUUUUCUUGGAGGCUGUACACACGAACAAUUUUUCCUUGUUGAAAAACAGGCGUAACAAUUAAGCUUUUGAACAAUGCUCGUGGUCAAGAACAAUUGUCAAAGUAAAAAUAGUGAAGGAAAACUUGCUCGUCUUAAAUUGCGCCAGUUAAAUAUUUCAUGAUUGAAGAUUCGAUCAUUCUAACAUUUGGGGGUAAACAAUUUCUUGUUUUAGGGAAAUUUGGAUUUCGUACUUGAAGAUGACCAAGUUGUGAUUGAAGACAAAGAUUUGUUAUCUACAGUGGCGACGUUGUUGAACUCCACAGUAGAAGAAAUAGAGAAAUCAUUAUUGUAUCGUAUAGUGGCGGCACGAGGGGAAGUCAUGGAAAAAGGACAUUCAUUGGAUGACGCUUAUUAUGGACGUGAUGCUUUGUGUAAGGUACGAGAAUGAGAAUAAGUAUGUGUUGGAAUGUGUAUUGUAUUGUGCACAUUUUUUGGAAGAGUUUUGAGUACCUCGUUGGUUCGAUUACAGGUUGUACAAACUAUAUGUACGGACUAUACUGGUAAAAUACACUGUUUCGAAGGGUCUAUUACGGAGAAAGAUUGAAUUUUAAACUCUAUUGAAGAGGUUACCUGUGUACCGGUAGUACUGUAGAUGUGUUCUUGUAAACAUCCCUGAGAAUUUGUUUGAGUUGAAGCUCACGGCAUGUGAGGAGGGGAUACCUUCGUAUCUAUCGCGCCGUAAUGUCUGCCUGCUUAAUAUACCAGUGAACAAACAGAUUUUCCCGUUGUUCAGUUCUAGAUGCACAGAUGACGUCAUAUAACGUGGUCAGAAUUUGAAAUAACCCGCUGAGGGCGUGUUAUUUGCCACUGAUGUUCUUUAUACCACGUUAUUACGUCCUCUAACUUUGUAUACUAACUGAAUUGACACCAACUAAGACGUUUUGGAGCUUUGAAGCGCGACGAAAAGAGAUUUAAACGCCAUUUAACCAAAAGUAAGCUGAGCUUGGCAAAAAGAUAUAACGUCACUGAAAUGACGUCAUCCCUAUCUCUCCUAGUAGAUCAUGGCUCUCGACCAAUGAAAAGGCAGGUUGGGCCAGAUUAUUAUGUAUUUGCUUUUUUCCAGGCAGUGUAUGACAGACUAUUUUCGUGGAUUGUUGGUAAGAUCAAUAAUGCCGUGGAAGUGAAAGACAUUCGACAUGGCAAAUGCACAGUGAUCGGUGUUCUUGAUAUCUAUGGUUUUGAAAUAUUCGACGUGAACGGAUUCGAACAGUUCUGUAUCAAUUAUUGUAAUGAGAAAUUACAGCAGCUGUUCAUUGAGUUGGUACUGAAGCAGGAGCAAGAAGAAUACAAGAGAGAGGGAAUUGAAUGGGUCGAGGUAAGGGAGACGUUUGAAGAUGUUUAGAUGAAUCAGACCUGAUUCAGACACCGCCCACUUGUGCGCCAAAGUUAAUUAUUGUCUUAGGUGCGACGCUGGGGAGAUACAACAACGGUAGUGAUUCAAACAACAUACAAAAUGUUAUUCACAGGGGUUGGGCGCAUUCGCGCGAGAACUCUAAAUAAAAUUCAAAACAACAAAGUAAAAUUACUAAUCCUAACAAAUUACAAAAAAAAUUGAGUUAAGUUGAGUGGAGCGGCGUAUGAAUCAAUAGAGAGUUUAAGAUGUGGCAAAUCUAAAGCCCGUUUUCCACUCACGUAUUUCGCCGCCGCUGGCGAAAAAUGUCGCCACCGAAAAAGUUCGUUUGUUGUUCUUUCGCGCCGUCAACGAAAUUAGGUCAAACAGUUGAAAAUUUUAAGCAACUGUAGUAGGAGAACAAAUUUCUUCAGCGGCGAAUGAAUGUAAAAAAAUUAUUUCUUUGUCAAAAUUUUUCGCCAGCGGCGGCGAAAUACGUGAGUGGAAAACGGGCUUAAUACGCGGACCUGACAAAAACGCACGCUAAAUUCACAUUGUCAGCAACUCGAGUAAAAAUAAUGGAUUCCUUUUGUCAACAAAGAUGGAUACAGGCGAAAAACAUAUUUAAACUGGCAACAAAAGCAAAAGUAGAACAUAAGUAACUGUUUUUCAUCACGCCCACGUUACUAGAUUAACCAUAUCUUAAGCUCCAUAAUAUUGCUCCAACGUCGCUUAAUACCAACCUCGUACCUAGUGUCCCUGUGUUUAAAGGUUCUGGUGCACGCGUGCACCAGAACCUUUAAACACGGGGACCCUGGUUACGAGGUUGGCUUAAUACGACAGGCUCUGCCUAACUUUUAUCGCUCCAAUUUCUUCUGCACUUAACUGUAAAUGCGUCGCUCUUCUGCCACACUUAAUUCGGCUGGAGCGGAAGCCUGUUGUACAAGGUGCAGAUUUUCGGGGAGGGGGGGAGGGGGCUACGUACUCUCCUGCAAACACCAGAAAGCAAAAAACUUUCGAUAAUUGAUAUAUACUUUCGUUUAUACAGGUCCAGUACUUCAACAAUAAAAUCAUUUGUGAUUUGGUGGAAUUGAAUCAUAAGGGUAUCAUAUCCAUCAUGGAUGAAGCUAUAAUCAGCGCUGGAAAAGUCACGGAUGAGGUAUAUAUUUUUUAAAUAAAAUCACAUAAUGGUUUUAAUGUGGAACCUCGCUGCACCGACAGUAAUCUGACUGGCUUGAACAGUGAGCAUGAAGAAAGGAUAUCGAGUCAUAAGAUUUCAUUUCAGACGAAGUUUGUUCCACAGAUUUACUGACUUGAUUAAGAAGAAAUGAAUUCCUAAAAUAGUUUGUUUUAUGAGAAAAUUGAAAUUAUUGUUUUCAUCGUAAGUGCGUGAUUUAUAGCCUGGAUCAAAGGUACAUAAAUAGUAUGUUAUUAAUCCUGCUCUUAGUUUAAUGCUUGAUUGCCCGACAGGACAGAAAUCAAGAGGUUUUAGUUCCCCGACAGAGAUUUUGCGAGCCCUGGCGAGUUAUUCUUUACACAGUAAUAGUAAUGUCCAUAAUGUGCGUAACUUAAUUGUUCGAGGAGCUGAACAUUAGAUUCUAAUGCGUUUGGUUUGGAAAUUUCUUUCUCGAGAUGGUACCGUGACUUUUUAGUCCAAUUUUUAGUUUUUACAUGAAUAGUGAUAAUUCUCAAUGUUGCACAGGGCUGAAUCAAAAGGCUUAUUUAAACGAUCAUUAAAGAGGCAGUUUUUUUUCAUUCGUAAAUUUUCAGGUGAAAAGAUAACUGAAGUGAGAUGUUUGAUUUUUAUUAGAUGAUCUUGCAUACGAUGGACCAGAAACUUAAAGACCAUCAACACUACGCAAGUAGACAGGUAUCAAGAAGCUUGUAGUUAUGAUAGUUAAACUAUACUGAAUGACUACAAUGUUCAAGUCUCUAUUGGUAGUUAUCGAAAUAUUUGCUCGCAAGAACAUGUAUUUAGACUUGAGAAAAAGACAUCAACAUUAUGCUACAAUCCUAUUGGUUAAGUAAAACCAGCCGAAAGAUUUGGGUGCGAUAAAUUAAGAUUUUUAAUUCUACAUCAUGGGUACUCCAAUGAUUAUUGCCAUGUACUUGAGCUAGUACGAAAUAUGUUUACAUUCUCAAGACUCAAGGUGUCUUUAAGAUAAAGUACGUAAAGUAUAGUACAUAAUAGGGAUUGAUUCAGUGCACUGAAUAUAAAUAUUAUAGAAAGAACAAAAAGGCGCACAGUUGCAUUGACUCCAACAUUCUUUGGUCCCAUCAUGUAAUCUUGAAAGGUCUGAGCCAGUGUAGAUAGUGACAAUAAUAACAAAACUUCCGUUGAUAGGGAUGCAACUACCUGAAAAAUAUAAAGAGUCGAAAUACGAAACAUCGAGAUUCUCGUUGUAUUUUUCAGGUAUAGUUACAUCCCUAUCUACCGAAGUUUUGGUCUCAUCAGCCCAAUCAUAUUUUAUGCCAAGACGUGUCAGAUUUACAUAUACAGCUAUACUUUAAUUAGCCUUUCUCACGACGCCAUUUUUGGGGUACUGUAGUUUUUUCUUAAACGAUUAUAACAAUGUGAAAAGCAAUAUUUCAGAACAAACUAACUAUUUACAGAGUAAAUUUACCACCAUACACCCACAAAAUUAUAAAAUGUCGCCGUUACGUGAUGUUACGCUCGCAGGAUUGGCAAAAAAGUACCCCAAAAAUGGCGGUGAGAAAGGCUAAUUACGCUUUUGAAUAUCUUGGAAAGUUUGUUGGUCAUAUAUAUAUAUAUAUAUAUAUAUAUAUAUAUAUAUAUAUAUAUAUAUAUAUAUAUAUAUAUAUAUAUAUAUAUAUAUAUAUAUAUAUAUAUAUAUAUAUAUAUAUAUAUAUAUAUAUAUAUAUAUAUAUGGUACCAGCAAGAGCGCGACAGUACAAAUUACUUACGUGGUUGUGCCGAACUGUAAUAUUCACGUACCUCGGGUAUGUAAGCACGCGAAUUAUCGCUCCUCGUAAACACAACGUAAACACUAUAGGCUGAAGGUGUUUCUAAUCCGUAGUAUGUUUUUUUAGACUCAACCUUCAAAUAAAAUUCUUACACACAAUCAAGAUUUUAAGGUUCAGCAUUACGCAGGCGAUGUAAUGUAAGUAAAAGUGAAAGUAUGCGAUUUUACAUGCAAAAGAGGUAUUCGACGUAUGGCGCCCCGCAACAAAUUUUUAUCGUAUUUAAACGAAUCACGUAUACGUGAGGAUGAUGUCGAAACAAUAUGCGAUCUGAAUUAUGCUUCACUCCAUCAGUUACUAGCGGCCUUUUUUACCUUAUAGAAAUUAAUUUUAUUUCACACUUGAACAUCACAUGACAAGAAAUUCAUAUAUAAAGUUUUUUAGACACCUACCCUAUGAAAUUCCCAAGGAUUUCGUCAGAGUUUGGUUCUCCUUAAGCUGGAUUUCCACUUGCAAGAAAAAGUUCGCUGUCGAAAUUUUUUGCUCAAAUUUCUUUUCAAUUGUGAGCAGUCAAGAGAACGGAUUUAUUCGAAUGGUCACAAUUCAAAAGAAAUCAAGCGAAAUAUUUCGUGGAAAUCCACCUUUACUCCUACGAAAAUUUCUUCGAAAUUCCAGUUGCCUGGUGCAUUUAAAAUGCAGUAGACCAAUAUGAAAUCGGCUAUCGUUCACCUUCGUUGGUAAAAAAUGUAAUAACCUAUUUUAUUUUAUUUUUCAUCACUGUUACUAUAGAUAUAGAGUUGAAGGAUUUAUGGACAAGAAUAAGGAUACAUUGUUCCAGGAUUUCAAAAGGCUAUUGUUUAACUGGUAUGAAGUCAGAUUUUUCUCACAGUUAUGUUAAGAAUAAGGCUAGGUUAUUCUAUAGAAGUGUCUUUGAUCAAAGUACGUUAUUGUUGUUUUGCCAUUGUCUUACAAAGACAUAUAAUCUAAAGUCUGUGUCAAACAUACAUAAAACCAAUAUGAUCGUAGACAAUUAUACAGUGUAAACCAACCCUGAAACUACACAAUUUCGUUUUCGAUCUUCCUUGAUGAGAUAAGUAAGUACGUAAGUGGGGUUGUGCCAAUAAUCCUUAAUUGCAGCUAAGAGAUAAGCUGAUUUACAAAGUACGCAGCUCAACCUUAUCAAGAGUCCAAAGGCUUUCUAUAAAGAGUGCCUCUGGCAGCCACCACAGUUAGUCACCACGAGCACAGUUAGGCCGCUGUAAGGGUCAGUUUGGGGGCUUAUCCAAACCCACCCUGUCGAUAUGCAUUCCCUGUGAGAGGAAACCGGAAUACACCGCGGAAGAAGCUCACUUUAGGUAGAGCAUUGACUGACAAUUUAAAUAAGUCAUGCGUCGCAGGGAGAAGCCGAAGCCCCAUCAUAUGAAUCCGUCACGUCUUGCGCAAUGUGGUAUCAGGUAUCUUUAAAGCAGAUUAAAUUUCUUGAGCGAGAAUGCACAUGUGUUAUUGUGUUAUAAAUGCAAACAUACGUAGGCAGUUUUGCAGAUGAUAUUUGUUGAAUGAAAACACAAAAUUUUUCAAGUUUAUGGUGGCUAAUUGUUCGAAGUGUGGUGUAAAAAUUUGUCAUUAAUUGAACAUGACAUUGAAUUAUCUCAUCAAGGAAGUAGCUAAACGAAAAUCAGUAAAAGAAGUACAGUACUUAAUUAAAGUUUUGACGAUUUCAUUAUGGGACGUUAUGUCUUCUUUUAUGUUUCUUUCAACUUUUUCACUAUUUUCUACUGCGUUUCAGUUUGCAAUAUAUGAUAUGAUACAUCCUUCCAAUAAUUAUGUUGCAAAUCCCUCCAUGCCCGUGUAGCCUCAUUCUCAUGAAUUGCGGGCGAGCAGUCUUUCGUCUUGAUUCACGAGAGUGAGGAUGCCAGGACAAGGAAGUAUUCGACAUAAUUACUUGCAAUAAAGGGUGACUGUAUUGAAAUUCAAGGUCUUGUAGAUAGAAAUUAUCGAGUGCAACUGAAAUUCAUAUUUUAUUUUCCAAUAGCAACCAUUCAGCUCUGAAAGAAAUGUGGCCGGAAGGAAAAGAGGCAGUCACGAAGGUAAACUUGUUGCGAAGUUAAUGGAAAAUCAUAUAGUAUCAUAUAUAACAAUAUAUUUGAAAUAUUGGCGCAGCUUGUACACAGCACAAUAGCAAAUACACAAUUAAGAAGCCAACAACAAUUCAAUCCAGCAGAAUACUCAAUCCAGCACGAAACAAGUGAAUACAGUUACCAAUCCAAUUUAAUAAAACAAGAGAUUUUGGAGACCCAUUCGUGAUGAUCCAUACCAACGCAAUCAUUACUUUAGUUACGUCAAUAUAAUCUUCAACUUGUUGAAGACAACAGCUUAGUCAAGUAAUAGAAGGUUUUUCAAAAUACAAUUUUACAAUCACAAAAACAUUUUUGGGCAAAAUUAUUUUUGACCCAAAAAUAUUUUUAGCUUUAUCCAGUUGUUUUAUGAACACGCUAACACGCUAGUUAAUUCUUUCUCGUUUGUAUACACUGUUGACAAUUUUUGAACGGUUUAGGUGACGAAGCGACCUCCAACUGUUGCUACACUCUUCAAGAGCUCCAUGAUUGCACUUGUGGAAAUUUUAAUGAUAAAGGUAAAGGUUAAUUUAUUUCUGUAAAUUAAUUUCGCACGUAAAAAGACAUUUAUAUUAACGUUUUGUAAUAACCAUGUUUAAUUGUAAAUACUUUAAAUGUGGUAUUUAUCUGACAAAUAAAUAUUCUUUGAUUGAUUGUGUAGAUACUAUACAAGUAAAUUUUGUUCUUACAGGAGCCUCAUUAUGUGCGUUGUAUCAAACCAAAUGAUAUCAAGUCUGCAGCCAUGUUCGAUGAACAUCGAGUUAAACAUCAAGUGAGUAACAUAGAACAUCGUAUAAAACACAGUGAACAUUCGAUUCGGAGCACGAAGGUUGUUUGGAGCCAAAUUUGAUGUUAUUCAUGCAGGGGAAUAUUAAUCCGCGUAGGAUUUAAUUAUAUUCAUGGCGGCCAGCUAACAUAUUAGCUUAAUGCACAGACUAUACGCUUGUAAAUAGGCUGUGAGAAUCUUUGCAAGAUUAUCCAGAUCUGAUUAGUAUAGAUUCUGAUUGAUCAUGGCCGAAUUUAAUUGAUUCUGAUUGGUCCUGUUCACCCCCAGCAGGCAGCAGCGCUAUCCUGGUCCAGGUAGUUGAUUCUGGUUGAUCAUGACUGAUCUUAAUGAAUUCUGACUGCCUGGACUUAAACAUCAAUGAACUUUGGACUCUGAUUUUCAAAAUUGAAAUAAUAUUUUCUUGACACUUGAUCUUCUUUGUAAAUUUUACUUCUCUCAAUUGCUUCAAACUACUAAAUUUUCGAUGCAAAAAUGUUUUUACACAGGCUAUAUUGCAAGUUGAAUUAAGUCUUUGCUCAGGCUAGCUAAAUAAUCAUUCCGUGCAAAAGUACACACAUGCACGAAAAGAACUCAAAACAAUUAUAAAUGCCAUUUUUAUUCUUUCCAGGUUAGUUACUUGGGUCUGUUGGAGAACGUGCGAGUUCGAAGAGCUGGCUUUGCGUAUAGACAGCUAUAUUCAAAAUUUUUAACAAGGUAA